AUGGCACAGGCGCUGCUCGCACCACCAGGACCAGAUUGCUUCUUCCGGUUCACUAAGGAGUCCCUUGCAGCAAUUGAGCAAAGGAUCGCUGAAGAAAAAGCAAAGCAAAAAACUGAAGAAGAGCAAAAGGAUGAGGACAAUGAAGAAAACAAGCCCAAGCCAAAUACUGACUUGGAGGCAGGGAAGCCUUUGCCCUUUAUUUACGGAGACAUCCCUCCAGGAAUGGUGUCUGAGCCCUUGGAAGACCUGGACCCUUAUUAUGCAAAUAAAAAAACAUUUAUAGUAUUGAAUAAAGGGAAGUCCAUCUUCAGAUUCAGUGCCACGCCUGCCUUGUACUACUUCAGUCCUUUCAGUACUAUUAGAAGAAUUUCUAUAAAGAUUUUGGUUCAUUCAUUAUUCAGCAUGUUUAUUAUGUUCACUAUUCUGACAAACUGUGUAUUCAUGACUCUGAAAGAACCUCCUGAAUGGUCAAAGUCUGUGGAAUACACAUUCACUGGAAUUUAUACAUUUGAGUCACUUAUAAAGAUUUUUGCAAGAGGUUUCUGUAUAGAUAGCUUUACUUUCCUUCGAGACCCCUGGAAUUGGCUCGAUUUCCUUGUCAUUUCAUUCGCGUAUAUAACAGAAUUUGUAAACCUAGGCAAUGUUUCAGCUCUUCGAACUUUCAGAGUAUUGAGAGCUUUGAAAACUAUUUCUGUAAUCCCAGGGCUGAAAACCAUUGUGGGAGCGCUCAUUCAGUCUGUGAAGAAACUCUCGGAUGUCAUGAUCCUGACUGUGUUUUGUCUGAGUGUGUUUGCACUGAUAGGGUUGCAGCUGUUCAUGGGUAACUUGAGGCACAAAUGUGUGAUCUGGCCCCUAAACGAUUCUGCUCAUGAAGACCCACGGUUUAAAGUCCACUUCAAUGGAACAAAACUCAUGUGGUCUGAAUACAUUAUAGACCAAGACUACCAUUACUAUUUGAAAGAUGCAAAGGAUCCCUUGCUUUGUGGAAAUAGCACAGAUGCCGGCAAAUGUCCAGAAGGAUAUACGUGUCUCCAAGCUGGUCAAAACCCCAACUAUGGCUAUACAAGUUUUGAUACAUUUAGCUGGGCCUUCUUGUCACUCUUUCGGCUGAUGACUCAGGACUACUGGGAAAACCUUUACCAAAAGACCCUGCGUGCUGCUGGCAAAGGAUACAUGGUAUUUUUUGUUCUGGUGAUUUUCCUGGGCUCUUUCUACCUGAUCAACCUGAUCUUGGCUGUUGUUGCCAUGGCCUACGAGGAGCAGAAUCAGGCCAACAUGGAAGAGGCAGAGCGGAAGGAGGCUGACUAUCAGCAAAUGCUUGAGCAACUGAAACGGCAACAAGAGGAAGCUCAGGUACUGGAAAUGUUUGCUCUAGCAGCAGCAGCAGCUUACAGAGACUUUAAGGAUGAUGGUGCACUUGGAAGACUUUCCGAAACUUCUUCAGAAAUGUCAAGACUAAGCUCCAAAAGUGCUAAAGAAAGACGGAACCGAAGGAAGAAAAGACGGCAGUUAUCUUUAGGAGAGGAUAGAGUGAAUGGCAAAAAAAUGGCAAAAUCUGAAUCGGACAGCAGCAUAAAAAAGAAGGGCUUUCGAUUUUCUCUAGAAGGAAAGGGACUUACGUAUGAGACCCGGGUUAUUUCUCCAUACCAGUCCAUGCUGUUCCCCACAAGACGCAAUAGCAGAGCAAGUUUUUCCAGCUUGAAAGGUCAAACCACCGAAGGGGGCUCAGAUGCCGAUAGUGAGCACAGCACAUUUGAAGACAAUGGAAGCCGUAGCGGUUCCUAUUUUUUCCCACGCAGACAUAGUGAACGGCGCAGCAGUAACAUUAGUCAGUCCCUGUUGCCCGUGUUUCCAGUGAAUGGGAAGAGGCACAUCAGCGUUGACUGCAAUGGGGUGGUUUCCUUGGUAGGAGGACCACCGCCACUCCUGUCGCCUACUGGACAGCUUCUCCCAGAGGUGAUAAUAGAUAAAGCAACUACUGAUGACAGUAGCACUGCUUCUGAAAUAGAUAGCAGAAAAAGGCGGUCAAGUUCUUUUCAGGUAUCGAUGGAUUUACUGGAAGAUCCCACCAUAAGGCAAAGAGCUAUGAGUAUAGCAAGCAUAAUCACAAACACAAUGGAAGAACUUGAAGAAUCCAGGCAGAAAUGUCCACCAUGCUGGUAUAACUUUGCCCACACUUACUUGAUUUGGAACUGUUGCGACAGAUGGUUAGAAAUAAAGAAAGUUGUUCAUUUAAUUGUGAUGGAUCCAUUUGUCGAUCUUGGCAUUACCAUCUGCAUUGUUCUGAACACGGUGUUUAUGGCCAUGGAACAUCAUCCAAUAGAGAAAUCCUUCAGCGAAGUUCUUAAAAAUGGAAAUCUGGUCUUCACUGGGAUCUUCACUGCAGAAAUGUUCCUUAAGAUAAUAGCCAUGGAUCCUUAUUAUUAUUUCCAAGAAGGCUGGAAUAUUUUUGACAGCAUCAUUGUCAGCCUGAGUUUGAUGGAGCUGGGUCUAUCAAAGGUGGACGGAUUGUCGGUCCUAAGAUCUUUCAGAUUGCUUCGAGUCUUCAAGCUGGCAAAAUCGUGGCCAACUCUAAACAUGCUGAUAAAGAUUAUUGGGAACUCAGUCGGGGCUUUGGGAAACUUGACCUUGGUGCUUGCCAUCAUUGUCUUUAUUUUUGCCGUGGUUGGGAUGCAGCUGUUUGGCAAAAGCUACCUGGAAUGCGUCUGCAAGAUCAAUAGCGAAUGUGAACUUCCACGCUGGCACAUGAAUGACUUUUUCCACUCCUUCUUGAUCGUGUUCCGAGUACUUUGCGGAGAAUGGAUAGAGACCAUGUGGGACUGCAUGGAGGUUGCAGGUCAAGGCUUGUGCCUUGUUGUAUUCAUGCUGGUCAUGGUGAUCGGAAACCUGGUGGUACUAAACCUCUUUCUGGCCUUAUUAUUGAGCUCUUUUAGUUCAGACAGUCUUGCUGCUCCAGAACAGGAAACCGAAGCAAACAAUCUACAGAUUGCUAUAGCAAGGAUUCAGAGAGGACUAGAUUAUGUGAAAAGAAAAAUUCGUGAAUUUGUUCAAAUUACCCUUCUGCAAAAGUGUAAGGGCUCCUCUGGAAUCGAUGAACAAAAUGACAAGAAUGGUGUGUGCGUUCCCAACCAUACCGUGGCAGAAAUCAACAAAGGUCAGGAUUAUCACAAAGACAGAACAACCACCACAAUUUGCGUGGACAGCAGUGAUCACAUGUCAUUCAUAAACAACCCAAAUCUCACUGUGACAGUACCAAUAGCCGUGGGAGAGUCUGAUUUUGAACAUAUAAAUACAGAGGAACUUAGCAGUAUAUCCGAGCUUGAAGAAAGUAAAGAGAAACUAAGUCUUUUCAGCAGCACUGAAGGUAGCACAAUUAAUAUUGCUUCCCUGGGAGAAGAAGAAGCUGACGCAGCAGUUGAAGACCCAUCCCAACCAAAGGCUUGUUUUACUGAAGGCUGUGUACGGAAAUUCAAAUGCUGCCAAGUCAGCAUAGAAUCUGGCAAGGGCAAAUACUGGUGGAACCUUCGUAAAACCUGCUACAGGAUAGUGGAACACAGCUGGUUUGAAACCUUCAUUGUCUUCAUGAUUCUUCUCAGCAGUGGUGCUUUGGCUUUUGAAGACAUAUAUAUUGAGCAGCACAAAACUAUUAAGACCAUCCUUGAAUAUGCUGAUAAGAUCUUCACGUACAUCUUCAUUCUGGAGAUGCUUCUGAAGUGGGUGGCUUAUGGCUUUCAGACUUAUUUCACCAAUGCCUGGUGUUGGCUGGAUUUCAUGAUUGUUGAUGUUUCCAUAGUGAGUUUAAUCGCUAACGCCUUGAACUAUUCUGAACUUGGUCCUAUUAAGUCACUUCGGACACUGAGAGCUUUGAGACCUCUACGAGCUUUAUCAAGAUUUGAAGGAAUGAAGGUGGUUGUGAAUGCCCUAGUAGGAGCGAUACCAUCUAUUAUGAAUGUGCUUCUUGUUUGUCUUAUAUUCUGGCUAAUUUUCAGCAUCAUGGGCGUAAAUCUGUUUGCUGGCACUUUCUACCAUUGCGUUAAUAAAACAGAUGGAGAGAUGUUUCCAUAUGAAAUAGUUAAUAAUAAAACUGUUUGUGAAAGUAUGUCAGAUGUCGCCAGAUGGAAAAAUGUAAAAGUAAACUAUGAUAAUGUUGGAGCUGGAUAUCUUUCUCUACUACAAAUUGCCACUUUCAAAGGAUGGAUGGAAAUAAUGUAUGCUGCUGUUGAUUCAACAGGUUUGGACAAGCAGCCCAAGUAUGAGCAUAACCUGUAUAUGUAUCUUUACUUCGUCAUCUUCAUCAUCUUUGGUUCAUUCUUCACCUUGAAUCUUUUCAUUGGUGUCAUCAUUGAUAAUUUCAACCAACAAAAAAAGAAGAUAAGAGGACAAGACAUUUUUAUGACAGAAGAACAGAAGAAAUAUUACAAUGCAAUGAAAAAACUGGGGUCCAAGAAACCACAGAAACCUAUCCCAAGACCUGCAAAUAAAUUCCAAGGCUUUAUUUUUGAUUUUGUAACCAAGCAAGCAUUUGACAUCGGCAUCAUGAUUCUUAUCUGUCUUAAUAUGGUCACCAUGAUGGUAGAAACAGCUGAUCAGACGACUUCUACGACAAAUAUUUUGUACUGGAUUAAUUUGAUUUUCAUUGUCCUUUUCACUGCGGAGUUUCUUCUGAAAUUGAUUGCACUCCGCUAUUAUUAUUUCACUAUUGGUUGGAAUAUAUUUGAUUUUGUGGUUGUCAUUCUCUCCAUUGCAGGUAUGUUCCUGUCAAAGAUUAUUGAAGAAUACUUUGUGUCGCCCACCUUGUUCCGAGUGAUCCGGCUGGCCAGGAUAGGUCGAAUCCUGCGUCUGAUCAAGGGCGCUAAAGGGAUCCGGACUCUGCUCUUUGCCUUGAUGAUGUCUCUUCCUGCCUUGUUUAACAUUGGUCUCCUCCUCUUCCUCGUCAUGUUCAUCUACGCCAUAUUCGGAAUGUCCCAAUUUGCCUAUGUUAAAAAGGAAGGUGGGAUUGAUGACAUGUUCAAUUUUGAAACUUUUGCCAACAGCAUGAUCUGCCUCUUUAUGAUUACCACCUCUGCUGGCUGGGAUGGCUUGCUGCUACCCAUUCUCAACACCGAGCCAGACUGUGAUCCCAAAAAGGUCCACGCAGGAAGUUCAGCUGAAGGAGACUGUGGCAAUCCUUCUGUUGGGAUUUUCUUCUUCGUUAGCUACAUUAUCAUAUCAUUUCUAGUUGUAGUCAAUAUGUAUAUCGCCGUCAUUUUGGAGAACUUCAGUGUUGCCACAGAGGAAAGCACUGAGCCAUUAGGUGAAGACGAUUUUGAAAUGUUCUAUGAGGUUUGGGAAAAGUUUGAUCCAGAUGCAACUCAGUUUAUAGAAUACUGCCAACUCUUUGAUUUUGCAUCCUCUCUAGAGCCUCCUCUUUUAAUACCAAAACCAAACCACAUCCAGCUUAUCUCAAUGGACCUGCCCAUGGUAAGUGGUGACAGAAUUCAUUGCCUUGACAUCUUGUUUGCCUUUACAAAGCGUGUUUUGGGUGAAAGUGAUGAAUUGGAUGCCCUUCGGGUUCAAAUGGAAGAGCGAUUUAUGGCUGCUAAUCCUUCAAAAGUCUCCUAUGAACCAAUUACAACUACACUGAAGCGGAAGCUAGAGGAAGAGUCUGCUAAAAUCAUUCAGCGAGCCUUCAGACGAUACCACCUAAGGAAACCAAAAUGCAAUGCAUCAUUCUUAUAUGACAAAAAUGUAAUUAUUAUUGACAAAUCAAGUUUGAACUUGGCUCUGGAGAAGACAGAGAGGAGCUCCUCCACAACCUCACCUCCUUCAUAUGAUAGCGUAACAAAGCCAGACAAAUACGAACAAGAAAAGUCAGAAAAAGAAGAAAAAGACAAAGAUGUCAAGGACAGAAAAAAGUAA